AUUAGAUUUAGAAUACAUAACACUAUAUACAAUAGCAAUGUCUCACAAAAAACAGCAUCAACGGAGGAAAAACUUCAAAAACAAAAAUAAAUAUGAAACGCCGCAACUUGCAAUGGAUGAAGAGGAUUUACAUGAACCAAGAGGCACGACGAGCAAUUUUACAAUAGCAUGCCCCCUUGCAAUGUGGGACCUGGGACACUGUGACCCGAAAAAAUGUACAGGAAGAAAGCUUGCUCGUAAAGGAGCAGUUAGAUUACUGAAAUUACAACAAAGAUUCGCUGGAGUAAUUUUAAGCCCGAUGGCUACUGAAUAUAUCAGUGCCGGAGAUAAAGACAAAGUAUUAGCUCAUGGCAUAGCUGUAAUUGACUGUUCAUGGGCAAGGUUGCAAGACACUCCAUUUUCAAAAAUGAAAGGAGGUCACUUGAGACUUUUACCAUACUUGGUUGCAACGAAUCCAAUAAAUUAUGGCAAGCCCUGUAGGUUGUCAUGUGUGGAGGCAUAUGCAGCUACACUUUAUAUUGUUGGGCUUGAAGAUAGUGCUAAAUCUGUUUUAAAACCUUUCAAAUGGGGUCCCAACUUUUUUACAUUGAAUGAGGAACUUUUGGAGUUAUAUCAGAGUUGUGAAAGUUCAAAAAGUAUCGAGACAGCUGAACAAAAUUGGCUACAAAAUGAAAGAGAUGAACUUAAUGCUAAAAGUGAAGAACGGGAUCCUUUUGAUAUAGAUUUAAGUGUUGAACACUGUAAUCCCAACCAUACAUCCCUGCCACCAGAUGAAGAUUCUGAUUCUUCCUGUAAUUCAUCUGAAGAAGUUUGAUGUCUGAAUAGAUUCUAUAGUAGCAGAUUGUUAGGAUAGCAAAUUUAGAAUAAAAGUUCAAAAUAAUCAUACUUUUUUUUAUAUAAAAUGUUGUUCUGUCAAUUUCAAUACAAUAAAUCGUGCCAAUUGCCAA